CCAGUCUGCCCAAUUCACUCAAAAGGAUAUAUAAACAAACACCCUUUCAUCCCUAACCGAAAUUAGGGUUUAUACAUUUUGGGCGAAAGCAGCAUCUCGGAGCACCAGCCGCCACAACCUGCAACUCCGACUGCAAUCAUGUCGCUAGUCGCCAAUGAAGACUUUCAGCACAUUCUUCGUGUUCAGAACACUAACGUUGACGGGAAGCAGAAGAUUAUGUUCGCUAUGACCUCUAUCAAGGGUAUUGGUCGUCGUUUUGCUAACAUUGUUUGCAAAAAGGCUGAUGUUGACAUGAACAAGAGGGCUGGAGAACUUUCAAGUGCUGAGAUCGAUAAUCUGAUGACCAUCGUGGCAAAUCCACGCCAAUUCAAAAUCCCUGAUUGGUUUUUGAACAGGAAGAAAGAUUACAAGGAUGGAAAGUACUCACAAGUCACUUCUAAUGCUCUCGACAUGAAAUUGAGAGAUGAUCUUGAACGUUUGAAGAAGAUCAGGAACCAUCGUGGUCUUCGUCACUACUGGGGUCUUCGAGUGCGUGGACAGCACACCAAAACUACUGGUCGUAGGGGAAAGACUGUCGGUGUGUCCAAGAAGAGAUAAGUUUUUUCUUGUUUUUGAAAACAUGUUACUUUUCGGGUUUAGACAUUUUCGUGAAUCUUUAUUGUCAUCAAUUUUGGAUGCUUUUGGUUAAGUUGUUUUGUCAUGGUUAUAGUUGUACUUUUUGUCGAAAUGGAUUAUUGAUGGAAGUUUGGUAUUUGUUUUAUCA